AUGUCUUCGAGUGACGACUCACUAGAUAUCGAAGCGUCUUCUCCGGAAGCGCCCAGUUCUAAUGAUACCACACCACGGAACGAGUCCUAUGUCCUCGUUGCGCCGCCUCAUAACGACACACAGGAUAAUAACUCGGAUAUAAUUGAAGCCACUAAAUCGGAUAGUCAAUUAACACAUUCAGACGAGUCACAAGACAAAGAAAAACAAAAACUUGAACAAACCAAAUCAGAAGACGCAGUAAUUGUAGAAUAUGCAAACGUGAGCAGUGCCUCUGACAGUUCCAGCAGCGAAGGUGACUCUUCGUCUACAGACAAAAAGGACGACUCUUUUGUGCACCUAUCUGACGAUUCUGAAUCUCGUGGAUUGGCCGCAGUCGACAAUAAUAUUAGAAUUGGUGGCAAUAAGGCGUCAGACAUGGAACGUGACCAAAGAUUGGCCGACAUUAGAAAAUCUAUGAGUGAUUUUCUCUCACAAGCCCUGGCAGACGCCGAAGAUGACACACAACAAUCUCCAGAAGACCUUCCUUCAGCACGUUCAGCAGAAUUUCAUGAAGAUGACACACAACAAUCUCCAAAAGACCUUCCUUCACCAAGUUCAGCAGAAUUUCAUAAAGAUGACACGCCACAAUCGCCAAAAGAUCCUCCUUCGCCACGUUUAGCAAUAUAUCAUGGUGAAGCUGGGGACAGUGACCAUCAGCAAGAAACGGCAAAAUCGUCAGAACGUUCUUCAGUGGAUUUGACUGGAAAAGAAGCAGACCAGUCCUCUUCUGGUUCACAAGAAACGGAUACACCCUUCAUCUUUAAGUAUAAGCCGUCCGAUUCUAAUGAAUCUACGUUGCACAGCAAGGCAGCCGACGCAAAUAAUGACUUGUCUGUCCCUAGUGGUUUGAAUACACAACAUGAACUAAAUUCGCAUAAAAUGAUAUUCGAUAAAUCCCAGCUAACUGAAGAAGACGAGGAAAAGGGGUUAAUUGAACGAGAAGCAGCGGAGGAAUUUGACCAAAAGGGAAGUAAACCAAUUGAACGCGGAGUGGUGACGAAUUCUGACGAAGAGGAUAUGGGACAAAAUGAACAAGCAUCGAAGGAAACUUCUGACGAGAAUGAAACGGACGGAAGUGAACAAAGAUCUGUAGAGAAUACUAACCAGGAGACGGCUAAACGGGAGAUGGAGCAAAUUACACGAGGAGCGAAUGAACGGGUGAUAGAGGAAAUUGUACGGGGAGGGAAUGAACAGGCGAAAGAAAUUGCAUGGGGAGCGUGGAAGGCGUCUGAACAGAAAGGUGCAAGGCGUGAUAGUCAAAGAGAUUCUUAUGGCGAUGAUCUACACACAGAAAGCAAUGUAGCGUUACGUGAGAGUGACGAAAAACGGAGAAAUAAGGCGAGCCAUACACGGAGUUUUUCCAUGGGUACCUCAAAAGAUGAUCAAAAAGAUUCUUAUGGCGAUAAGGUGAAUAACGAAAAAAGGACGAAUAAGCCAAGGGUUAUUCGGAAAGUUUCCACGGGUACUUCGAAAAAUGUGCCUAAUAUUGUUGGCAUGAUAGAAAAUGACGAAGGUGAUGAGUCAGAGGCUCACAGCGACGUGCGUAAGGAACGUAAUAUUAAGGAUGAUAAUAAAGGCAAAGAUCGCGGAACAGACUCCGAUUUUAAUUCAAUGGGAGGUUCUCAACCUACUCGAUCUUACGCAACGGUAGCAUCUGACAAUAGGAAGCCCACCAAAACAGGAACGACGAGUGAUGUUUACGGAAAGAAAGAGAACAAGAAACUGCUUCGACCGAUCCCGCCUCAAUAUCAGAAUUCUGACGAAGUGGUCACAAAGUUUCACGUUCAUAUGCCUAAGGUGAAGGACGCUGAAGUCUGUGUUGUCGGUAAUAUCGAAGAAUUGGGCAAAUGGGAGGAAUUAAAAAUCUGCCUUAGGAGAUAUAAAGAUUCGAAUUAUUGGUAUUCGGACCCAGUGAGAAUUCCGACGCCUCGCUUUCAACGUGUCAUUUGGUAUAAAUACGUCAUAGUUUCCAAAAGCGGGGGAUUUAGAUUCUGGAAUAAUAAUGCUUUUUACUAUGAAGGCAAUGACGACGGAGAUAAUCGCGAACUUUUUCCUGAAGAGAACCAAUACGACGUCUGGAAGCGGAAUCCUAAAUACCCCCUUUAUGAACGUGAUCUUAAGCCUUUUUACUUCCCUACGCAAAUAUUCGAAACGAUCACCGAAGCUAAUUUCAAGACCAAGCUUAUAGACUAUCAGCGGGUAUUCAAGCAACACAGAGAAUUAUGUUUGAAAACUGUGAACAUAGAAUUUAUCAGCAACAGCUUUUACGUGGCCAACCAGGAUGCACAACGUAUUUUCUUGUGUAUACUGCUCGGCAUUAUUGCGAAAAUGUCCUAUCAUAAUCACGAGGUUAGGCUGGAGGAUAAAUUUCCAUCGGCCGGCCUGUUGAAUUCUCUUAGUUGUAUAGGCAGCGGUGACACACUGAUUAGCGAAGUUAUAGACUUGCUACCCUACGCUGUUCGCAUGUUAGUCCAGCAUAAUUGGCAAACAUCAGGUGCUUUCGAGUGGAUGAAAAUGUUCGAAGUAGCGGCUUUUAUCGAUCCGAAAUAUUCGUUCUUGGAGUCAGUUAGAAGACGCGAAUUGAACCCUGAUGAAUCGGAUCGUUUCUGCAAAUUUCUUCUCGAGCAGAAAUCUAAUAUAGAAAAGGAGGAUUUCCAAUACAUUCGAUUAUGUAGAUUUUUUAUUGAAAUAUCCGCCAAUAUUCAAGUUCUAGUUUUUCUGUGGAGGGAGAUGAUUAGACCAGAAAUGAAGGCUGAAUUAAGACAGAAUUGGAUGAUGAGACGACUGGACGAGAUAAUUAGCAAGGAUAAUCCAACAAGAUUACUUGUGCAUUUGGACGAAAUACCAACCGAUCUAGAUAUCGAAUUUACGUCAUUGUUCAUUAAGAGGGUUAUAAAUUUACUCAAUGGAUCAAGAUCGAAAUGGGAUGGAGACAAUAUUAAGGGAUUUGUUGCGUUGUUCGAAGACAAUAGACUGCCAUGGACGUCAGAAGACAGAAUGAAGGUAUUGAGUUCGGUAUCAACCUCACAAAACAUGGAAUUAUUGGAUGUAUUUGUGGAACUGCUUCAGAUAGUUCUGGACAAAACCCAUUUCGAUUCAAAAAUGAAUACGAAACUCGGUGAUUAUUGCGCACAAUGGUUCAGGCGCAUAGUGAAUCAAAUAAAGGAAUCGCGUAAACGCUCUCGCGCUCAUGGAUAUAAUUAUGUAUAUACGGUCUAUCAACGACUUUUUACCAUUUAUCCAAUCCUCGAGGAUCGACGGACGAUUAAAAAUGAACUAUUAAAUAUUGCUGAAGAAGAGAUCAAUCCAUUCGAGGAAGCUCAAAUUUAUGCAGCAGCCAAAGAUAUAGGAGAAUUAUCAGUGAAGGAGAUCUUGAAAUCUUUUGGCACAAUUGUACAAAGAAAGCUUGGGCAAUCUUCUUGGAAGGCCGAUGACCGUUUACUGAAGAAAAUUAAACUGAUUUGCGAUUGUGAAGGCAAACAAAUUCGAGUUCCUAAUGGUUUCUGUGAAGAUAUUCUAUUCCAUAUUUUGACCAAGUUGCAAGAAAGCGCUCCUCAUCAAGAAGCCGACGAAAUUAGCGACAAAUUUCACCAGACCUUGUUAGGUUCUUGGAAAUUUUGGGUGAGCGUGUUGACUGCCAAGGGUUGUGUAGACCGUAUUAAACAACAACAUCUCUACUGUGAGAGAGUUCGAAGAGCUAUUGAAGGCUUGGCCGAGAAGCUUGAAAGUCAACGCGUUACAAUAAGCAUGCUUCAAAAACUUCUUCAUUAUCCGGACCAAGACCUCUGCGAAUAUUUUGGCAUUCUCGACAAUUUCGAUGACAGUAAACAGUCCUUUUCCAUUGAACCGCGUACUAUUCGGGAAUUUCGGGAAGUAUUCUCUGGCUACCAAAAGACUUUAAGUCAACUCAGUACAUUUUACGAACAAUUUUGUCAGAAAGAUGCCAAAGUGACCAAUGUUGAAGCUUACCUCAAUGAUAUUGCUAAAAGAAGGGAUUCGCUUGAUAAGGUUCAGUACAAAGAUAUUUUAUUAGAGGAGUAUUGGGCAAUUCAUCAAUCAAUAAGUGACGUUGCGGAACGCAUAUAUCCGUAUCGUAAUUCGAGAACCUUUGCCAAUGUCUUUGAGGAAUGUUUGAAAGAAGAGGAAGAAUCAGAACCUUUGACAGUAGAAGUGGUCGCUCAGAAAGUUACCACGGCAGCAUUCAACAAGUAUGAUGAAAAAAGAGCUGCUUAUAAAGAUUGGGAAAAGCUAACGUGCGCUCAAGCAAGUCCAUUAUGGGCAAACGCGAAUGAUGUCAGACAAGAACUUGAAUUAAUGUCAAAAGGCAUGAAAUGGAAGCCUUCACAAGAUUUGAUGAGAUCGAUUAAAGUACUAUCUGAAAUACCCGAGUGGAAAGAGCGAUUACGAUACCUGAUAGAUGUAUUGAAGAUUUUCGCAGUCGUGGAUGGCGAAGAAGAAACAUUUUCAACGAUGCUUGCCGGCCUAGAAAAGGAAACAAUGCCGUUAAAAGAUUUAAAGAAACUGAUCGUAAAACUAGAAAAGGCUAUCAAAGAUCUAAAUCAUGAUUGCUGGAAAAUAAUCAAAGAGAUAGCCGCCGCUCGCGAUUUAUUGGCUUGGCUUGACAAAAUUGGAUCGGAUGAUUUGAAGAACGUAAUUAACGGAGUUGAUGACCACUCUGACGAACGCUUAAUCCAGGAAGACACAGUUUCUUCUCUUAUGGAAGUCAAACAGUUUUUGGCUCCACUCAAAUCAGUUGAAGUGCAAUUGCAAGUUCCAGGAUUUUUAAAGAAGCUUCGCGAAUUGGCUGAUAAGAAUAAACUACUCGCGGAGAGAAUUUCUCUCUGUAAUGGUCAUCGUUCUGCACUAAUGAAUAUGUAUGAAAAUAUUACUAAUAGAGGCGAAGUUACGAAAGAGCGUAUUAAAAAUGCUGCAACAAGGGGAGUUUACACAUUUAAACGCGAUGAGUAUGAAGAUCGGUGCUCCGUUGAGAUGUCGUACGAAACAGAGAAGGGUAAUAACAAAUACGACUUGACUGAGUUACAAGAUUUGCGAGGUCGGGCUUUACUCAUCGCCAAGCAGGAAAUGGCAACUUUCGUUAUGAAGAAGGAAACUAUUCAAGAUCGUCCCAAGUACGAAGAGGAUCGAGCAGACGUUGUGAUGAUGAUGUUUGUUAAACAAGUAGAUUCGGUGCAUCAGAUUAUUAACUUUGCAACAAAGUUAAUGGAAUUGGGACAUUUCUUUUAUCGAAAGUUUCGGGCUUUGACGCGUAACACUACAGAGAUGGAAAGACUACUUGAUCAAUUAAAAGAAGAUUUGGAGAAGGAGGAGAUUGUAAGAGAUGUGCAAGAGGAGUACUAUUACCUGACUUUUUAUCCCGGAAGACAUAUCUUGAAGUUCUAUGAUUAUUUCACUCAAGAUGCGCCAGCAAACGAUCUCAGACAAAUUUGCGAGACGCUGCUACAUUUUGUGAAUCCUGAUGCUCAACUGCCAUUACCUGGUGGGAUUUUGAAGGUGGAUUCACACAAUGAAAACUACAAGGAAGUACUAUGUAGUAUUGGAGAAAGACUUUCCGAAAUCUUUUAUAAUGAGGAUGUUUCUGACAGAAAGAUUAAGCCUGAUAUAGUGGAACCAGUCGUUUCCGACAUUGUACGAACUGGAGAGCUGUUUGUAGCAGCAUGUAAUGACAAGUUUCGGGUUCCAAACAUUAUUAUGUCGUUGUACGCUAACCAUGGCUCAUAUCCUGAACCGUGGCAGGUAUUUAUAUGCAGAACAACGACAACGGCUGAAGAACUUACGUUAUUUAUCAAAAGAUGUUUUUUUGCGGCGGCAAACGGUUACGAAGAUUGUUUGUACUGCAUUGCUAACUUGGAAUUUCUUGAAUUUGAGCUACAAUACAAUCUCGUUAAGGACAUAAGAACGAUGCUUGAACAAGAGAAGAAUUAUAAACUAGCAUUAAUAUGUUGCAGAGAGCAUGGUAUCCAUCACCACAUUCUUGACCAAUUUUCAAACCAUGUAUACAAUACCGUUGGCCUCGAGGCAGCUUCCAUGAAAAAUAUGUACAAAGAGCUCUGUCCGAAUGUGGCAUGCGUAUCUUCAGAUCUAUCUGGUCAGGGUAAAACGGAGUACGUCAAACAAACUUGUAUGAAGGCAAAGUCAAUUCCAAAAAGCGUGCUGAUAAGUGAUGGCAUGCGUUACGAUCGACUUGUGCGUCAGUUACAUGAAUGCAAACCCAAACGUUUAGAGAGUUUGCACUUGAACAUUGUUUCUGUCGACAAUGCCGCAGAAGUCAACAUGUUUAUUUUUGAAUUUCUUACACUUGGGAUGGUAUCUAACAAAGUACAUAUUGCUACUCUUCCAAAGCAAGCUAUCCUGAUUGAGAUUGCGUCGACCGUGGAUCAAUAUUUGCUCGAGUCAUUGCCAAUCGUUAAAUGUUUACCCCGAAAGCAUCUUACAUGGAACAUUAAUAAUUUUAUUGUCUCAAGCGAAAUUCAUAGUCCAAUUCAAAUUGUUUGUCGCUAUUUGGAUGUAUACACGAAAAAGGCAAUUGACGAUGAUGAUAUCUUUUUCGAUGAAACCGUAGCCAAGCCAUUACCACAAGCACAUUGUCGGGAAAUCAUACAACAGUACUUCUUUGAAAAAAAUCAAGAGACAAUUGCUUCUUAUCGUUUUGUGGAGAUUUUCGUUAGAGUUCUUGCUGAUCAAUUAGUUCGCUUAUCCUCAAGCUCUUUCUUCCGUGUUGAAAACCUCAAGUUGAUGAUGCGAAAUUCCGAUGUACGAUCAACGCUACUGGAGACUCUACUACGUGUGUCAAAAGAUUUUGCGACACGCUCGGUUGAAAGCAAAGCCGCACAGCUAGCAUCGACUGCCACAGACGCCGACAAUGCUCGAUUAGCCACGAUAGUCAAAUGGGACGACUCAAACCAUUUGUUAGUGUUUUUCUUAUCACAAACACCAGAUUCUAUUUGCGCGCUUUACCGUGAUAGAGCUAAAGCGCCAGACAAUGUCAGACGUCUUUUAUGGAGCCAGAAAGCAUCAGAUCGCGCACGUUUAGAAACAUUUAAACUAGAAAAUUAUCACGAGAUGACAACUCAAAUUCUGCAAGAACGCCUGGAAUGUAUCGCCCGUACGUCGAUGGAACGACAAAAAUUCCCUCCUUAUGCUUUAUCGGCCGAUAAUCUUAUAAAAAUGGCACUAAUAUUAUUGCGAGCACGUGCGAGCAUCCCGGUUGUAGUGUGUGGAGAGGCUGGAUGUGGCAAGACAAGUUUGAUCGGCUAUUUGGCCGAGGUUGUUGGAGUCAAAUUCAAUAACCUCUCGCUGCAUGCUGGUAUUGUUGAGGACCAGAUUCUUGCGUUCAUGAACACAGGGAAUAAACUUGCCGAAAAAGGAGAAGCGUGGUUAUUCUUUGAUGAAAUUAACACUUGCAAUCACAUUGGUCUUUUGGCGGAUCUCAUAGCUCACAGAACGCUGUUAGGAAAGCCAAUACAUUCGAACAUUCGUCUGUUUGCCGCUUGUAAUCCUUAUCGACUGCGUGUAGGUAAUGAUAAUGUAGCAGGGUUAGCGAAAAGACGAGUCUACCAGGAGCAAAGUCAACUCGUCUAUCAAGUACAUCCUCUUCCUGAUCAAAUUCUUGACUAUGUCUGGGAUUUUGGUGUGCUCAAGCCCGAAGAUGAACAGGUGUAUAUUAAAAUUAUGGUCGAGAGCCAAAUAAGUAAGGUCGGCGUCAUAAGCGAUUUGCUUUUUGAAUCGCAAAUGUACAUACGCAAGAUCGAAGGACCGCAAAGCGCGGAGCAGAAUGAUUGGAUACGCAGAAUGGCCUGUCCACCCGCUACUGCUCGUAACGAAGCACUGUUAGAAAAUGUGCUCGUAAUGAUAGUUUGCAUUAUGACGAGAAUUCCAGUUUUUAUUAUUGGAGCACCCGGAAGUUCCAAAUCUUUGGCGAUAAGACUCGUCAGUUCUAAUCUUCGGGGGACAGACUCUGAUGAUGAGUACUUUAGAAGACUACCACAGGUUGUUAUAAUCCCACAUCAAGGAUCAUCUUCAUCUACAUCUGAUGGUAUUCUGAAAGUUUUCCAGAAGGCAGAAAAUCUACAGAAGACCAAAUCCGAAAACUUUAAUUUACAGGCAGUUGUUCUUUUGGAUGAAGUUGGUCUAGCAGAAACAAGCCCAUUUAAUCCCUUGAAAGUUCUGCAUGCACUACUCGAACCUAGUUAUCCUAAGGAUGGACCAGAGGUGUCGGUAAUCGGAAUAAGUAACUGGAGAUUGGACAACAGUAAAUCGAGUAGGGCAUUGCUGGUUCAGAGACCUCAAUUGAGUGAAAGUGACCUUGUGCAGACAGCCCUUUCUCUUUUGUUGAAGGGCGAACGCGGACCAUCAAUUGAUAUGAACAAGCGCAAUAUACAAUAUCUUGCCAGUGCAUACACAAAUUACCAAAAAAAGCAGAAAUAUCCCAACUUCCAUGGUCUUCGUGAUUAUUAUGCUUUAGUCAAAAGUUUGAGCAGAGGGAAACUUACCACGGAUUCAAUACAAUUGGCGCUUGCACGAAAUUUCGGGGGCACUGACCAAAUGACAGUAAUAUGCGAACAAUACUUUGGGAAUGUAUUAAAGGAGUCCGGUAGUCUCAACUAUAGCUAUGAUCCAAUUCCAGUUGAAAACCUAAUUGACGAAAACCUUCACGAGAUAGAUGCCAGGCAUUUAAUGAUAAUCGGGAAAAGCGAUUCAAUAGUUAACAUCCUUACUUAUCACUUGAGGUCGCUUGGUAUGGAUCCAAUGGUCCUUUGCGGAUCGCAGUUUCCAGACGAUGCAGCGGGAGAUUAUUCUUACGGCGUAUUAAGUAGAGUCAUGAUGUGCGUUGAAGCAGGAAAACCCCUUAUCUUGACUGAUCUGGAUAUUAUAUAUGGUAGCUUGUAUGACCUGUGGAAUCAGAAUUACAUAACACAAGGUAGCAAAGAAGAUCCCAAAUACUAUACAAGAGUAGCUUUGGGAGCUUAUGCCAAUCCAAUGUGUUAUGUGCACCCGAAUUUCAGAUGCGUCCUUGUCUUUGAUGAAAAAAAAGUAUACGAGGCAGACCCUCCUCUUUUGAAUCGAUUUGAAAAGCAACGACUAACGAUCAAUGAUACACUCAAGGAAGAGCAUUCCCAUUUAUACGAUCAACUUGAAAACUGGGUCAAGUCUAUAUCAACAAUAACGAGGAUGGAAGGUAUAAAUAUAGCCGGUGGAUUUACCGAAGCAGAUUUAUUUAUUGGAUACGACAAGGAUGAAACUCUCCAGAGUCUUGUGAUUGACGAGUGCAAGAAAAGUUUGACACGUGACGAUGAGGAAAUUUUAGAGAACUGUAAAGCAAGACUGAUAAAAAUCGCGUCAUCUGAUGGUUUAGUCAGGGCUACUCAUUCCACGUUAGCUACACAGUCGGAUGAAGUUAUGAAAUGGAGGACUUCUUACUUUAACUACGGAGGGCACGAUCAUAUAGCAGCGUAUUUUCAACAAUUAUUUGCGCGUUCUCUAUACACUGAAGGGUAUCAAAUAAUAAUACAUACAUUCAGCAAUAUUAACACGGAUGUAAAGGGAUGCUUGGAAAGAAAUUUGAAAUGUCAAGUGGACAAGCUGUCAACAUUUAAGGCCGAGGCUCAAUUACAGAGCAGAGUCAAGCAUUUCUGGUUUGAGAGCGAAGAUGAGCUGCUCCUUCUACAAUGUGACUUAUCGACAACAAGAGCGGGCAGUAUUAAAUUGGCAAAGUUCAUUAUUGAACAGUUCCGCACCGAAUACUUUGCAAGAAGACAACGUAAUGACAAUGUAAAUAUGCCAGCAAAACAUGCAUGUAUUAUAUUGCAUCAUCAUAGAGAUCAGGCAAACACAAGUUCCUUCAACUUCAUGUGUGGAUGGGAACAAGUAACUAUCGAGACUUUAGUGCCUCAAGAGAAACCUCUGUCUGCUCUCAUAGAAGGCGAUCUGUGUGAAGUAAUCGACUCAACGUAUCCUUUCGAAGAGAUCUUGCAACAAGAAUUAUUAUGGUGUCUACUUUGUAUCAAAUAUCCAAAUUCUUCGCAAUCAAUUGAACAUGUUCGACGAUUGAUAGAGAAAAUUCCAAACAAUAAAGCAUUCGUCGAUAUUUUGAAGAGGAGAAUCAUGCAAUGGAUUGACGAGAAUGCUAAAUCAAACUGGCAAUUACGUGUGGCAUCAGAUAAAAGGGCUAUCUACUUGCAUUCUUCAUUCGCAGGCGCUCUACUAGCUCAUAUUCGUGUCCUGGUCAGGAAGCCCAUUGCCCAGUUGUUGUAUGCAUUGGAAAAGCACUGCGCACUCCUGACGUUCUUCAACAUUACUGAGGAUUUGAGCAGAGAUGAAGAGUUGAUUGAAUUCUGGGAGAACAUGUAUCUAAACAAGAAGACUAUUGACAUCGAAACAAUCAAGGAGCCUGGACCGGAUGGCUAUGCUAUAGCUAACGGCUUACAUGACCUUCACUUCCCAUUCUCGUACUACUUCAUGGAGCAAAUUAAUAGCUUCAAGAAAAUAUAUUUGGACGAUAUUGCCGAAUUAGAGGAAGAUGAAAAUAAUGUCGAUCAGGAAACCGGCGAACUCUAUGAUGAUGUUGUUGAGGCUCAUCUUGACAAAUUCUCAGAUAACAUUUUUUCGGCAUUACCAACACUUAGAUCCGCACCGUUGCGACGUUUUUCAAAACUUUACUUUAGAGAUUUUAUCGCAGUGAUAGCGUCCAAUCACGGUGGCUACAAGGUUACUGGAAUUCUGAAGUCUCUUCUAAGUCGUCUUAUCGGUGAAGACAAAGUUUUGAACCCUAUCUCGUUGCACGUAUACUGGUGGACGAAAUCAAAUGCUGUUUUGGCGCAAAUGCAUUUAGCAACAUUAUGUCCAACUAUCAUGGAGAAUUUAGACAACGACGAUGAGUAUGAAGAAACAUUUGAACAACGUAUUAUAAAUGAAGUGUCUCGAAUUUUCAUCGAUAAACUGCUGCAACUUCCCGGCGAAGAAGACAUUGAUAACAAGGCGAUGAAGUGGCAGCUGGACGUCACCAAUAUUAUGUCUCUAUGCGUCCAACUUCCCAGAUAUGACGAGGUGACAUUGUUCCAGCUACUCAGGAUUUGUAAUGAUCUGCUUUCUACACAAGUUAUUCCUGUUGAUCGCCUUAUAACCAUUAUCAAUCUUGAUGACGAAGAAGGCUUUCUUUCUGUGAAUUUCUUGAACGAUGUGCUCAAUAUUUUGGACAAUCUCGAACCAACAGAGAAGAAUCUGACUUCACGUCAAUCAUUCUUGUUACGGUUCUUAGAUAUGGUUGAUACCGAUUCGGAAGUUCAACUAUUCCUUUACGAUAAGAUAUUCCAACCCGCAGAACCAUUGCGCUUCACAGCAGCCGUCAUUCAUUAUAUCUACAUUGAGAAUUGUGACAUAUUCCCAUUACUUAUACACAAUCCUAAGGAUGCAUUCGCAAAGUCCAGACGCCUAGAAGCUAUUAAUCGCCGUUUGGCGAUGCAUGAUCCGAAUUCACAAAUUAUAACACUCUGUUGUGACGUCAUUCAGCAGAAUUUCUUUAACAAACUAGACUUCCAUGAGCUUUCUAAACUCUUCCACAAUGCGUCUCAGGCAAUACGUGGAACAAUGCCAGAACCAUUGCAACGCAUAUGCUCUGUUGCGCUUUUGAAACAAUUUGUUCAGGAGUUUUGGGAUUCUGUUGGUUUAGAUAAGCCCACUGCUCAGCAAAUAGAGUUUAAUUUUAUGAUGACAGAUGAUACUCAAACGCUUAUGGAUGACUUAAAUGACUCUAUGGAACUCAAUCAUGCACAAAUGCAUUCGCUAAAAGUUUAUUUCUUGAAAAAUCUUCGAUCUCGCGGGUUUACCAUUAACGACCUCAAGAAAUUCUGCGUGGUUCAGAAGGGGUUGCUACCUUGGCUGGCAAAUUUGCCUUGGGAUUACGUUAAUCAGGCCAGUCGAAUCCCGUUCAAUCCCUACGGCUUACUUCAAGAAUACGGUGAUGCAGAAAAAGCCUAUACUGCAAUGACAAGGGUGUUAGAAAAGGAUCAAUUAGGCGCUGUUGUGAAGAAUGCUUUAAAAGCUGAACGUCUCAAUUUACGCAUUGCUCUGAUUGGUAUUAUCGUCAACCAUCUGUACGGUACUAGAGCAUCACGUGAAAUGACCCACAACGAAAAUGAAGUUGCUAAAUUCUUGCAAGGCCAAAUUGACAAGAAUAACUUUUCGGCAGCCUAUAAACAUUUAGCUUUAAAUCUAAUUACCAAUAAGCACGCUUUAUUGGCCGUUCGCCAACAAACAGACAAUGCAGAAUUUAUAAUGCGAUUGGUCCUCGUCCACAUAAUUGCAGUGCACGCGUCGUUACCAGCAGAAUCUUCGCCAUUGACCUUAUACUUGCAAAGGUUACAGGUUGUAAGAAAUCACUUUAUUUUGACAUGCCCUUCUGACGAGGAAACUAUGAUUAUCAACGCACUUAAUGACGCACACCCCGGUAACGGCAUUACUCGAUAUCAAUGUAAAUGUGGCUACAAAUAUUUUGUCGCGGAUUGCGGAAACGUCGUAAUGGCGUUACAAUGCCCAGAAUGCGCUUCUGUUCUUGGAGGUCAUCAAUACGGCGUACCGGCUGAUGGUCAGCAGAGGUUGGAUAAUAAACCAAUUUUGCAUAAUGUCGACAAUAAAGACAAGCCAGGGUAUAUUGUCGAAGGUGUGGUGGAGGACGCUCGACGAAACGUUCGCACACUCGCGUCCGCAGCAUAUCGCAUUUUGCAUCUUUUCGUGCACGCUCUGAUUGGUGUGUCAGCUCCUUCACCGAAUGUCAAUGCCUUUUUGAAUGCCAAUGGGAACCCAAUAAAUGAUCCCGUUGCUUACUGCCGUAAUCAUAUAACAAAUGACUGGGCCGUUUUAAAGGCAGUCCUUGCAUGUGACGAUGAAACUCUAGCUUUGAUAAUACAUAAUAUACUGUAUUCGAUUACGACAGAUAAGCCCAAUCUCGACGCACAUAUAAAAACUGCUGCAGCCCGGGACCAGUGGGAGCAAUAUUUCCGUGACAAAUAUGUGACUCCUAUAAUCAAAAACGUAGCAGCAACGGCAAUGGACAUACGCACUAAAAUGGAAAGGGCUGAACCAGAAGAGAAACAAAAGGCCGCGCUACUUGAGACAGAGAUAAACGAAACCUUAUUGUUGACUGACGAGUAUUCCAGAGAUCAUCUGCCAGGGUUAUGGAGAAAGAUUAUAGACGAGAAUAGAGAAAGUUUUGCAGCUUAUUUCGCAAAUAAUGAUCAAUACAAAGCGACAUUCCCGUUCAUUAACGUGUUUUUCAAACACGAAGAGAAGCUGCCUCUAGUCGGACAUCUAUGGCCAAUUGUUAAAUUUACGCAGACAUUAACGAGUCGACUGACAUAUCGUCUGACACGACAGAAAGCGCAGCAGAUAACCUUCCGCGGAUUUAUCGAAAGUGAAGCUCAAAAUGGUGUACACGAAGAUGUCAUUCGUUCCCUGUUAGAUUCUUUUGAAAAAUUCAAGAAUGCUUGGAAUUCUGUUAGAUGUUUUAUAGAUAGAUAUCAGUGUCAUGAGUUGGGUCCUUGCCCUGAGAUCACGUUAGACAGCUCCAUUACUUUCGGACUUCUUGAGGAUAAAGACGCGGGAAUCUAUCUUUGUGCCAUGUUGGAGUACUUGAUGAAUAUUCAGAAUCAGUUCUUGACGGAUGUAGUUGCUAUCCCUUCUGGAAAUUGCCGUUCGUUGAAGUUUAUUGAACGCCAAAUAAUGACAGAGCGAGUGGAUCAAGAUGAUAAAGCAAUUUCUACUACGACAACUCAAUACUACAUAACGUGUGUACGCUUAGAAGAUUCACGGCAACAAAACAUCGUUGAAUACGAAUGGGACAAAGAUUUAUUGAAAUACAGUCAGCGCAAUCUCAAUUUUGGGCAUGGUCAGGAGAUUUUCUAUGACCUAUACAAGAUUGAGGCUGAGCUCGCUCUAUGGCUUGUACGCGACAAAGCCUUGUUGGAACCUGUUGAAAACAAUGGUCUACCUCUCGAGAAGGUGGCUUAUCAUAUGGAAUUGUUCGAAACUUGCCAGGUUAUCCUCGAGGAAAUCAAAAAGAAAAUUCCGCAGGAACCUAUUCCGCAUGAAAAAGUUGCUUUAAUUACCGGAACUUCUAUCAAUACAUUCGGAAAACUCGGCAUUUUGCAGACGUCCUCUAUCGAAAAUCCCUCCGAGUUGUUGUCCGCCCUUGAAAUUCUCUUAUGCUUUGUCAGGAGAACGUCCACCGGUGACAGUGAUGUUCUUUUAAAUAAUUAUGUCAAGCAAUGGAUGAAACUAGAAACGCUUGAGAAAAAUGCAGAAAUGAAAAAGAUUCUGAAAGCAGGUUUAGAAUUAAAACACGUCGUCUCGCUUUAUGAAUUAGUAGAAGACAGAGUAGCCGAUAUACUUAUUGACUGUGUUGAUUCGAAAUACAAAUGCGAAAUCCCGGUUGAGAUACACGAUGAACUGAUGAGCGCAUGCGAAUUUGAAGAUACCAACGGUAGACUCGGAAAAAUUCCUGCUGAAGCAUUCGCAAAAGCCUUGAAGCGAUUUGCGUUGAGAAUGUUAUCUGUAAAACCUGUUGACGAGAAUUUGCAACUCAAUUUAUAUUUGGGUCAGAUGAAUUUCUGGUCGGACGUAUCCGAAGAGAUUGUUGAUAAAUACUUCCCAGAAAACUUGCUUGUCGCUCAUAGUCAUUCGGCUUAUUGUGUGAUCAAGUUGAAGAUGGAUAAAAUACGUUCUAAGCAGCAAUCUAUGGCCAGCUCAAACAAGCGUCCCAUACUGAAAUCACCUACCACUAUUAGAGCGAAGAAAGCGCAGAAACAGAAGUUUGGUCGAGCAUAG